AUGGAAGUUAACACCUCUCCUCUGAAAUGGCGAAUGGCACGUAUCCAGAAACUUUAUCCCGGCACCGAUAAAACUGCCAGAGUAGCAGAUCUUUUUACCUCAAGGGGCGUCAUCCGCAGAGCGGUGCACAACCUCUGCCCGUUAGAAGCUUCGACGGCUACAGCUCGAAGAUCCAAUGACUUCGAGAAGGGGGGGAAGAUGUUGAGGCCGAUCUACCAAAUAAUCAAUCUACCAAGUAUUAAUUACACACAACACUGA